AUGCCGGAAUGCCGCGGCGCGGGAUCACGCCCCGGCGGCGACGCCACUCGGAUCAAGUUACUCCGCGCCGCCGCCUGCCCACCUGCUCCUCAUGGCACGUGCUGGUGGCAGCCAGCCGGGGGCGCGCAGUCGGCGGGAGCGCAGGUGUGCCGCACGUUCGCGGGUCUGACGCGCGAGCAGCAGGAGGUGUGCCAACGGCGGCCCGCCGCCACCAGCGUCGCCAUCCAGGGUCUGCACCACGCCGUCCAGGAGUGCCAGUUCCAGUUCCGACACCACCGCUGGAACUGCUCCUCGCUCGCCACCAAGAACCGCAACCCGCACGCCAGCGUCCUGCUCCAGCGGGGGUACCGCGAGUCGGCGUUCGCGUACGCCAUCUCUGCGGCCGGGGUGGCGCACGCGGUGGCGCGUGCCUGCAGCCUGGGACGCCUGCUCGAGUGCGCAUGCGCCGCGCCGGGCGGCCGGCGCCGAGGCGGGAGGCGGCGCGGGGGCGGCGGCGGCGGAGGCGGCGGGGGCGGCGGCGGCGGCGGCCGGGGGCGGCUGGGCGGCGCGGCCACCAGCCAGUGGCAGUGGGGCGGCUGCUCGCACAACAUCGACUUCGGCGUCCGCUUCUCGCGGCUCUUCCUCGACGUGAGGGAGCGCGCGGGCGACCUGCAGUCGCGCAUCAACCUGCACAACAACCAGGCCGGCCGCCUCGCGCUGUCGAGCAACACGGUGCUGCGCUGCAAGUGCCACGGCAUGUCGGGCAGCUGCGAGCUGAAGACGUGCUGGCGCGCCGUGCCCGACUUCCGGCGAGUCGGCGACGCGCUCAUGGCGCGCUUCCGCACCGCAGUCCUCGUCGACCAGUCCAACCUGGGCAACGAGUCUGCAUCAGAGUCGCGGGGGCGGCGGAAGCGUCGGCGGAGGCGGCGCAAGUUCCCGGCGCUGGGCGAGCUGUCGCGCGACCUGCUCUACUACCAGCGGUCGCCCACCUUCUGCGAGCGCGACUCCUCCGUCGACUUCCCGGGCACGGUGGGCCGGCGCUGCAACCGCACCUCGACGGGAACCGACAGCUGCGCCUCGCUGUGCUGCGGCCGCGGCUACGACGUCUUCCGGCAGCGGCGCGUCGACCGCUGCCACUGCCGCUUCCACUGGUGCUGCCGCGUAGCCUGCCAGAACUGCACCAUCGAGGAGUGGGUCACCGUCUGCAAGUGACGCCGCGCCGGAGUCCCACCCGUCUCUGCUGACCGCAGUCCCUGCAGCGCACGCUGCGAGGUCGUCGUGUGUGACGCGACGCCGCCUCUGACGGUACUCGCCCCACUGCGAACCGAGCGUGUCCGAGAGCCGCUCGACAAUCCACAAGAAGAACGCGUCUUGUCGCACUAAUUAGAGGGGUACUUCCCAAGCAAAGGCCCUUUCUUAAAUACAUACAAUGUAUUCGAGAUCUUCACUGAUUAUCUAACGUGCUCACCGUCACGUUUCUCCGUAGGCAAAUCCUCACAUCUGCUUUCCACAGGUUUCUAAUAAUUCAGAGACGCGCGAUGCAUUAACGUUCUAAUACCCUUUCGAAGCAGGUAACUUACUUCUCAGCCGCAUGGCUAGGAAUGUGUGGAUUAUUCCUUAAGUGUUACUAUUCAAUUUGAUAAGAAAAACGCAGAGUAAAGCAACAACGGCGAAUGAAUCACAGCUUUCCAAUGAAAACCAAAACCAAAACACGGUCGCUCAGUGGCUAGCGUAACAUAAAAUUUCGUACAGCAUGUCAUUACCCAAGCCACCACGUUUGUUGAAACAUUUCGACGUGUGUGCAUAGAUCUCGGUGUCGGAUAGGAACACGUUCAGCACCAUACUAAUGCGUCAAAAAUUAUGUAUUGUGAUCUUUUAGCUUUCUUCGCGAAAAUAACGACUAUCAUGUCUAUGUGAUUAUCAGCCGGCUUGAUGUUCUCAUUUUCCUUCCACGAUAUUUCGAAAACAUCCCUAUUUGAAUGCGUCAAGUGUUAGAUGCAGAAGUGGUUGAACGAAAACUGUUAACAGGGAUGCCCUCUAGCAAUAUAUUUUAUGAAUACCAGAAGAAAUUAGCCUCAUCGUGGCAGUAAAUGGCGUUCACAGAAUUGAAGUCAGGACUUCGUCGCUUUACCACCGUAAUACUUGACGGGUGAUGUACAUUAUCCAAACGGAGCUUUGUAGACGUCACACAAGAUUUCUCUGAUGUCUUCUGAGGACCUACAUUUUUCUACUUCAGAUGAGCGACAGACGGAAAGUGACGUGUCUAAUCUCUUACAAAAUAAUUUUUCCGUAUCUUAAAACGGCGUGCGACACCUAUAGUGUGAUACUAAUGACAAAUUCUAUACACGAAUGUUCGAAUAUUGACUUGUUGUGUUAGUCUCUCACCUGAAUGUCCUUGCUUAUAUGUAAACCCAUGAUACGUCCGUCCACUUGCGUAAAAAUAAUGGUAGUCAUCCGUAAUGGUCAACCACAUCGCUAAUUAGCUGUAACAGCUUACCAUCGUAUCCUGCAGAGGUGAAGAAAACUUUCAUUUUAUUAACAUCAGUAUUAAUACUUUUUAGUUUUAAUUCAUCAGUGUGUACUGGCUCCUUUCUUAUCACUCCACCCUCUCCCACAAACAGGUCAUUAACAGCUACUUUCCACGAUCUUUUGCGUCCGCCUCUCGCUGCUUACUUCCAAAAAAGACUAACUUCAGAAAAAACACUUUAUAAUGUGCACUUGGAGCGAAAAUAAUUAUAUUGUAGUAAUUUUUGGACGGAGGUGAAUAUAAUACCAAAGAUGCAAGUUUCAUCACAGAAAGUGGUAACACUAAAAAAUACAUCACUUACGAAAACUAAGCACUACUUUAGCGAGAAAUCAAUAUACAUAGGUCAAACAGAAGAAACUGUCUGCCGUGAACAGUGCUUCCGAAUGACUCUAUUAUUCUAUGUUUACAACAAAAAAGUCUAUAAUCGCAAGUGAUAAUGAUGAGCUUACUGUAGAGGAAUUUUCCCCAGUUGUACUGUCUUGGUGUUUCAAUUCUUUGUGAAGUUGAUGAAUACAUCCUCCAACUAUGAACCUAAUAGGGAGCGCGAAGAAUACUUAGUACGACAGAUUUUGUCGUAGGACACGUGUGAAUUAGCUCUGUGCGUUAUUCUUCCCAACGAGGUCCUUCACUCCAAACCACUUGCGGGUGGGAACCAGAAACAUAUUGGGCGUAUAAUUCUGUAAUGUAAUCAUAGACGUGAAUUUUACCCCAUUAUUUCAUUUUAAAUCAACAACUGCCAAACAAAUAGACUUGUACAAACUUAUCCACGUCUGAAUACCUAUUCCGUACAGACACAAAGUGAACUAUGUAUAGGUAUCAUGGAGUCCUUGGUUAUUUUCCUGUUUUUAUAACUGAAAUACAUUUUAGAGGGGCAUAUUUCCCUGGUUUUCUGAAUUGUCCGUAGUCUCAUUACUACCAGUGCUCUGCUGUCACUUUCAGGACUUAGUUGUUUUACGACGUUAAUACGGUAAUGUCAUAGACAUCGCAGAAGAUUUCCUUCAUGUCCUCUGAGCACCGACAUCAUAGUAAUAAUUAAGAUUCAAAUGGAAAGAGACGUACUUUACGUCUUACAACACAAUUUUUCUAUAGUGCCAGUUGCAAUGAGAACACAACGCUUAGCGAGUUCAAUAUUAACCAGAAGGACAUGGGUGAAGACAUUUUCAGUAUAAAUAAAAAUACUAAAGUUUAUACCUACAUAGAAGGCGGGUGAAGAAAGAGCAUGUUACUUUCGUUACACUAGUGUAAUUUCGAUGUUAGGAAGAACUCCGCUAACAGCUGGUAAAAUUGUUGUUUAUUAUAACAUAAUCGGUUUCGCAGCUUUAAGCCGCUUCAUCAGGUGCAACGAUGUUAAAAGAUCAUAGACAUAACUAUCGCUCCCAAGCCUUCUUUGCCUUUCGCUCGCCAAGGUGUUUACGAUAUUCUUUAGACAGUAAAUUUUGACUAUGAGCGAUGGGUAUGCCUAUGAUCUUUUAACGUUGUUGGCCGUAAUGAUGAGGCUUUAAGCCGGAAACCAUUUGUUUUUUAAUAAACACCUACAACAAUUGUACCUGCUGUUAGCGGAGUUCUUCCCAACAUCAUAGAUGGGGUGUGAUGCCUUAGUUACUAGUUUGGACAGCUACGAUCUGUAAACUGUAAAACGGUAUUUCUUCAGAGCAAAGGAAAUCCAUGAUUCGC